CUUCAGAGUGAGUUUUCUCCUCUGAGUCGAUCUCAGUCUCUUUCCUCCGCUCACAGUCCAACAUCCUGACUUUCAGAACCUGGAGCUCUGAACCAGGACACACACCAGAGCAAGAGACGAACUUCAACAGGUGAGAUAUGAAACUGUGGCCAGUUUUAAUGUGUUUGUGUCUGAGAGUCGUCUCAGGAACAUUUGACCACGAGUACGAGGAGCAAGGCCUCAUGGACCCGGAGGACGUUCUCAGUGUGCGUGUCCCUCUGGAGGGACCACAGCGCCCUCUACUGGGAGGAUCACUGGUGCUACCGUGUUACUUUCAGGACCACACAGUUCCAGACCCAGGAGCUCCCACCAUCACGCCGCUCUCCCAUCGCAUCAAGUGGAGCUUGGUCACUAAAGCAAAGGUCACGACCAUCCUGGUGGCGUUGGAGGGACGGGUGCGUAUCACACACAGUUACCUGGACAGAGUUCAUCUGCUGGAAUAUCCCAAAACACCAACUGACGCCAGCAUCCAGAUCUCUGAGCUGCGGUCCAGUGACUCAGGAGUGUAUCGCUGUGAGGUUCAGCACGGCAUCGAGGACGACCACGACAUCAUCCACCUGCAGGUUCAAGGCAUCGUGUUCCACUACCGAGGCAUCACGGGGCGCUACGCUCUGACGUUUGACACAGCGACGGCGGCGUGCUCACAGAACAGUGCCGUGGUGGCUUCACCUGAACAGCUCCAAGCUGCGUUCGAUGGCGGUUUCCACCAGUGUGACGCCGGCUGGCUCUCUGAUCACACAGUCAGGUACCCGAUCCACGACCCUCGUGUGCAGUGCUACGGGGACAAGGAGGAGCUGCCGGGGGUCCGGACGUACGGAGCGAGGGACCUGAACGAGACCUAUGACGUGUACUGUUUCUCAGAGAAGAUGACAGGCAGAGUUUUCCACACGGCCGCAGCAGAGAAGUUCAGCUUCUCUGAGGCUGUGGCGGCCUGCUCCAAUCAGGGAGCUCAGCUGGCCACCACAGGUCAGCUCUACCUGGCCUGGCAGGGGGGGAUGGACGUGUGUAACGCCGGCUGGCUGCGGGACCGGAGCGUUCGAUACCCCAUCAACAUCCGGCGGCCGCAGUGUGGAGGAGGUCUGCUGGGAGUGAGAACUGUUUACCUGCACGCUAACCAGACAGGAUACCCACGUCCUGAAGCUCGCUACGACUGCUUCUGCUACACCGAGUCUCCUGAGGACGAAGGCUCAGGCCUCAUAGAGGAGGGCAGUGGCGUUCUGGGCGUUACCACGGUGACGCAGGGCCCUGAGGUGUUCUUCAGGAGGACGACCACGGAGAGCGAAGCACUGGGAGAGCUGGAGACUCAGCAACCCACCGCUGUGGAUUUCACAGAAAGUCCCACAGAGCUGCCGCUGCCUCAGCCGCCCAACGUCACCGAGCUCAUCACUGACCUGAUAGAGUCCGUCACCGCCCGGCCCGGCGUCGGCAGAGAGCCCAGCCAAGGCUUUGUGAUGCCUCCUACUGGCGUGGUCUUCCAUUACCGCUCCGGCUCCGGUCGCUAUCGGUUCACCUUCGUUGAGGCUCAGCUGGCCUGUCGGAGCGUCGGAGCCUCCAUGGCCACAGCAGAGCAGCUGCAGGCAGCAUAUGAGGCCGGAUAUCACCAGUGUGAUGCAGGAUGGUUACUGGACCAGACUGUAAGGUAUCCCAUUGUUUUCCCUCGAGAAAAGUGCGCUGGAGAUCUGGGGGAUAAACCCGGAGUGCGGUCGUACGGUCUGAGGCCUGGAGAUGAGAGAUAUGAUGUUCACUGCUACGUUGAUGGGCUCAAAGGUGAGGUGUUCCAUGUGGGAUCUGCUGAGGGCUUCACCUUCGAUGAGGCUUCUUCCAGCUGUCGAGAGCAGAACGCCAUGUUGGCCUCCCCCGGAGAGCUCCACGCAGCCUGGAGAAUGGGUUUGGACAAGUGCCGUGCUGGCUGGCUGGUGGAUCUGAGCGUCCGCUAUCCCAUCAACAACCCUCGAGCCCAGUGUGGAGCAGGGGAAUCUGGAGUGCGCACCGUGUACGCUCGCCCCAACCAGACACACUUCCCUGAACACGCCAGAUUUGAUGCAUACUGUUUCAGAGCUGAUCUUCUACUGAUUGCAAAUGAAACUGGACUGAACAUCACAGAAAUCCAGGAGGCGCUUCUGAACCUGACGUCCAUCACUGAGUUGUUGAGGCCUGCUGUUCCCUCUAUCGCUCAUCCAAUCCCUGUGGAGUCAUCAGGCUCUGGUUCGGGUUCCGCAGACUUUGGUUCAGGGUCUGCAGUCGGUAGUGCCUCUGGGGGUCCCUCAGGAGAUCUCUCUGGUUCUGAAGGCAUCUCUGGUUCUGGAGACUUUUCUGGUUCUGGAGACCAGGUUACCUCUGGAGAUCUCUCUGGUUCAGGAGACUUUUCUGGUACUGGAGACCUCUCUGGUUCUGGAGACCAGGUUACCACAGGAGAUCUCUCUGGUUCUGGAGACCUCUCUGGUUCUGGAGACCAGGUUACCUCUGGAGAUCUCUCUGGUUCAGGAGACUUUUCUGGUACUGGAGACAUCUCUGGUUCUGGAGACCUCUCUGGUUCUGGAGACCAGGUUACCUCAGGAGAUCUCUCUGGUUCUGGAGACCUCUCUGGUUCUGGAGACCAGGUUACCUCUGGAGAUCUCUCUGGUUCAGGAGACUUUUCUGGAGACCAGGUUGUCUCUGGAGAUCUGGCUGGUAGCGGGAGUGCAGAGCUGCCCAGUGGAGUGUCUGGUCUUGGUAGUGCGGAUGCUUCUGGAUCAGGUCUUAGUGGAGGAGAAUCUGGGAUCGCUGUGGUUUUCUCAGGCUUUGACAGUUUUGGCUCUGGAGAGGGCUCAGUUUCAGGAGGAUUCCAAGAAGCUGGAGAGGGGAGCACAGGAAUUCUGAUGUUCCCUUCAUCUGAAGUGGGCUCUGGAGUGCUCAGUGGCAGCGGGGACCUGUCUGGAUCUGGUGCUGGAUUCGGGUUCAGCUCUGGGGAAAGUGAACAAUUCUCUGGCAUGCCAUCCGGUUUCAUCACCAGUCAGGACUUUUCUGGGUCCAGCAGUUUCCCAUCAGGAGUUUCCUCUGGAAGUGGACACUCAGGAGAGCUUUCAGGAAGUGGAGACGCUCACAUCUCACUGAUUGAUGGUGAAUUGAUUGAUGUGUCCACUCCGAUUACUCACAAGGAGCAUGAACUUGGUGGGGACCUGCUGGUGUUCAGUGGAUCUGGAGACAUUUCAGGUUCUGGGAUUCUCAGUGGCGAUCACAGCGGCUCUUCUUCAGGAAGUGACUCAGGGUUCUUCUCAGGCGUGACCUUGGUGGGGUCAGGGUUCACUGAGCUUUCAGUGUCAUCCUCUGGAGAGCAGGAGGCCUCUGGGUCUUUACUCUACAGCUCUGGACAGGGAAGUGGUGAACACUUGUCUGGGUUUGGUAGCUCAAGUUUCAUCUCUGGGUUCACUUCAGGAAUGCCUGGAUCAGGAAUGUCUGGAUCAGGAAUGUCUGGAUCAGGAUGGUCUGGAUCGAAGUCCUCUACCAGCGGAGAAGGCAGUGUCACAUUUGUGUCUGGAGAUUUCCUGACAGAAGUAUCUGGAGAUGCUCUGUCUCUGGAGCUGGGACAGGGGUCUGCAGUGUACAGUGGAGAAGGAAGCAGGAGCAGCAGCGGCGACGACACGUCCACAGUCAGCAGCAUUUCUUCAGGAGUUUCUUCUGGACUUUCUUCUGGACUUUCCUCUGGAGAUCUUCCACAGGCGCUGCUGCCCUCUACCUCGGGAUGGGGGUUAACAGAGAGCACAACAGGACCAGAGGAGGCUGAAGUAUCACAGACUCACGAUGAAGUUCACGUGACCCAUGGUCCUGCACUCGCCCCCGCAGGACUGGCUGCUCCUCCCACCGCAGAGACACAAGGCAUUGUGGGAAAAACAGCCACAGUGGAAGGUGACUUGAACCCGUGUGAUCCGAACCCCUGUGGUGACGCUGGGUGUUGGGUCGAGGGCGGAGCUGCUCUCUGCCGCAAUGAGCAGCAGUGUGAAGACGGGUGGACUAAGUUUCAGGGGAACUGUUACCUGCACCUCCCUGACAGAGAGACGUGGCUGGACGCAGAGCAUCGCUGCCGGGACCUGAACGCCCACCUGGUCAGCAUCAUCACGCCAGAGGAGCAGGGCUUUGUCAACUCAAACGCUCAGGACUAUCAGUGGAUCGGCCUGAAUGACAAGACGGUGGAAAAGGACUUCCGCUGGACAGACGGUUCUCCACUGCAAUUUGAGAACUGGAGGCCGAACCAGCCGGAUAAUUACUUCCACUCCGGAGAAGACUGUGUGGUGAUGAUCUGGCACGAGAGCGGCCAGUGGAACGACGUGCCCUGCAACUACCACCUGCCGUUCACCUGCAAGAAGGGUCCAGUGUCUUGUGGCGCCCCGCCGGAGGUGGACAACGCCCACAUGUUUGGUAACAGGAAGGAGGAGUAUCCUGUCAACUCCAUCAUCCGGUAUCAAUGCGACGCAGGAUUUACACAGCGCCACCCACCGGUGGUCCACUGUAAAGCAGACGGACAGUGGGAGGAGCCUCAGGUGGAAUGUACUGACGUGAAAGCCAGAAGAAGAACCCAGCGGAGGAGCAGGAGUCCGGCAGCCAAACUCCACUGAGGAGGGAAGAAGAAGAAAUGAUUGUUUUAAAAGAACAUUUCAGUGAAGAGGAUUUGAAGAGUAACAUUUCUGGAUGGUGCUGUUCUAUCCCCUGAUAAUAUAUUUCAUUAGAUACAUAAUUUUAUUGUUUUGGGUAUAUUUUCAUGGAGUGUGUUGUAAUAUAUUUGUGUUUGUUGAAAUCCUUUGUGUUAUAUGAGCUGUAGAUCUGUAUCACACAGAUUCAUGUUGGUGUAGAUCUGCUUUACGAUGUUGUUGUGUGUUUGUUUCCUGUUUUAACAGAUGAGAGCCGCUCCACAGUUUUUAUUUAACUUCAGUUCUCUGUAUCGUCUCUGAUGGUUUCACACUCAAGAUAUCAGGCCUCAUUUUGCUUCGGCAUGAAAGACGACUUCCACAGAGUGAAACCCUGCAGCUCAGGAAACACACGGAAACCAUCUGUUGCUCAGAGGUGAAUUAAUAAGCACAUUAGCUGGUGAGGACAUGAACACACCAGGAGAUUUACAUCCCAUAUCAAACCCUUUAUGGUAAAAUAUAUUGUUUGACAAUUUUCUCAAAAUUAUUCCUUUAAGCACAAGAACAAACCAAAGUCCAUAUUCUGCAUGUACAACCUGCAUUUUAGAUUUAAGUAUCUCAAACUAUAACUAGUUAUAUUAUAUUAUAUACAUUUUUCAGAGAUAUGAAUUAAGAUUUUAUUAUUUAUCCCAACAUGAGUGGAAACAGGAAAAAAACACAACUGGUGAUAUUCAAACAAAGAGAAACAAACCACACAAACUUCUGUGGUCGUAUAUUUAGUAAAGAAGGGGAUUUAAACACAGAGUUUUUAUUUAUUGGUUCCACUCAGUGACAGAGUCUCUGUUGGACUGAGCCCGUUUACAGGAGAGAUUCAGUCCUGGUGUGAGACGACAGCAGCAUCGGGGGGGUGAAGGUCUGUCAGCUCCAUAAUGCAGCAUUAAAGGGGACAUAGCAUGCCCAUUUUACCACAAGUUGAUAUGGUUCCUUGGGGUCUUAAUGAAAUGUCUGUAACAUACUUUGGUCAAAAUACCACAAGGAUCAUUUCAAACAGCUUUUUACCC